CGCUGAGCAUCAGAGCGCAGAUCCUCUCCUGAGCCGAGGACAGGCGUGAAGUCGGUUCUCGUUGUCACAGCUUCGCACUGGACGCUGACCGCGUUUGAUUUUGUGUUCAACUCCCGGCCGGAUUAAAAGAAAGAAAGAAACAAAAAAAUAAACCAAUAAAUAAAAACAGAAGCUCCCCUGCUCGGACCCAACAUGGGUUAGAAAGAAAGCCACACAUGGAUUAUCCACUUUGUGCACUUCAGCGAGGAUGAUGGGGGGGAGAGGGAGAGAAAUGGACUUGUUUUCGCAGAGACAUCCUGACAAAGACGGGGACUGAAAGGGAACAGAGACCGGGAAUCGCUGCCGCUCUCUCUCUCUCUGUCUGUCUGCCUCGCUUUGCAUCUUGUUGUUUUUUCCUCUUUUUUUGUUUGUUUUUUUUUUUGUUUGUUUUUUAAAUCAUUUCGUGCGGGAGACAGAAAUGUUUGCGGAAUUGCUGUGCGGCGCCGUGGCUCUGGUCCUGUACGUCAACACUCUGGGCGCCGAUUUCUGCUACGAUGACAGCCGUGCAAUUAAGACCAAUCAGGACCUGCUUCCUGAGACCCCCUGGAUGAACAUCUUCUACGAUGACUUCUGGGGCACUUUACUCACUCACACUGGCAGCCACAAGUCCUACCGACCCCUCUGCACCCUCUCCUUUCGUCUCAACCACGCCGUGGGCGGGCUGGAGCCGUGGGGUUACCACCUGGUUAACGUGGCCAUCCACGGGGCUGUGACAGGCCUGUUUACCUCCCUGGCUCGCCUGCUGCUCGGAGGGGGACUGUGGAGCCUAGUGGCCGGCCUGCUCUUCGCCUCUCACCCCAUCCACACCGAGGCAGUGGCGGGCAUCGUCGGCCGGGCUGACGAAGGAGCCGCCCUGUUCUUCCUGCUGUCCCUGCUGUGUUACAUACGUCACUGUAGGCUAAGGGGCCACGCCGGGUCCUGGCGGCUCGUGGCCUGGUUCCUGGGAAGCUUGGGUUGCGCCGCCUGCAGCAUGCUGUGGAAGGAGCUCGGAGUUACCGUCCUGGCUGUAUCAGCGCUUUACGACAUCUGCAUCUUCCACAGGCUCAAACUGCGGGAGGUUAUCAUGCUACUUUACAAGAGAAAAAACAUCCACCUGCUGCGGAAUAUAUUUCUGCUGGCAGCCUGGGGAGUCGUCCUGCUGGCCUGCCGCUUCUACUGGAUGGGCAACAAACCUCCAAACUUCUCCAACUCCGACAACCCAGCAGCCGACUCCCCCUCGCUCCUAACCAGGACUCUAACCUUUUUCUACCUGCCUGCCAUAAACUUCUGGCUCCUCCUCUGCCCGGACACGCUCAGUUUUGACUGGUCGAUGGACGCCUUGCCACUGAUCAGGAGCCUCGCUGACGUGAGGAACUUUCACACAGCAGCCUUCUACCUUGGAUUGCUGCUGCUGGCUUGGUUCGGCCUGUGGACGCACCAGACUGUCAAGGCUAAGGACGCCAAUGGCAAAGCACAUCAUUACACCAAUGGCAGAAAUGGGAACAGUAAUGGACAUAGUUACCACUGUAACAAUCACGAACUCAUGAGCAACUCUCACACAGAUCAGGUUCACGUUAAUAGCUCACAAAAUGGUACCAACAAGCACUACGAGAGCAGGACUCCACUGCCCACCACUGAAAAUGUUGUGGUGUUCUCACUGGGCCUGUUGGCUAUCCCCUUCCUGCCUGCCACAAACCUGUUUUUCUAUGUGGGAUUUGUGAUUGCAGAGAGAGUACUGUACAUCCCCAGCAUGGGCUAUUGCCUGCUGGUUGCGGUGGGGAUGAGGUCCCUUUACAUACGACUGCGACGCAAGUCCUCCAGGACAGUGUUGGUGUACUGCAGCGCGAUCAUGGUUUUACUUUUCGGAGUCAAAACUGUUUUGAGGAAUCGGGACUGGCAGAAUGAAGAGAUGCUGUACAAGUCAGGGAUUUACGUCAAUCCUGCUAAAGCAUGGGGCAACCUUGGAAAUGUCUUGAAGAGCCAGGGAAAGAUGGAGAGGGCGGAGCAGGCUUACAGGAACGCCCUCUAUUACCGCAGCAACAUGGCCGACAUGCUGUAUAACCUCGGUUUGCUGCUGCAGGAGAGCAACAAGUUCUCAGAGGCACUCCACUACUAUAAGCUGGCCAUUGGGAGCCGGCCAACCCUGGCUUCGGCCUACUUGAACACGGGGAUCAUCCAGAUGAAUCAGGGCCGCAUGGACGAGGCCAAGCGCACCUUCCUGACCUGCGCCGAUAUCCCAGAUGAGAACCUGAAGGACCCCCACGCCCACAAGAGCUCAGUCACCAGCUGCCUCUACAACCUGGGCAAGCUUCUCCACGAGCAGGGACACCAGGAGGAGGCCCUCUCCGUGUUUAAAGAAGCAAUACAGAAAAUGCCAAGACAAUUUGCACCACAGAGCCUCUACAACAUGAUGGGAGAGGCCUACAUGAGGCUGAACAAGCUGACUGAUGCUGAACACUGGUACAGAGAAUCACUGCGAGCCAAGCCGGACCAUAUUCCUGCACACCUCACAUAUGGCAAACUCCUGGCUCUGACGGGCCAGAAAACAGAAGCAGAGAGGUACUUCCUGAAGGCCAUCCAGCUCGAUCCCACAAAAGGAAACUGUUACAUGCAUUAUGGUCAGUUUUUGUUGGAAGAGUCGCGGCUGCUGGAAGCAGCAGAGAUGGCAAAGAAAGCUGCACGCCUGGACAGCGGGGAGUUUGAUGUAGUCUUCAGUGCAGCCCACAUGCUCAGACAAGCCAGCCUAAAUGAGGCAGCCGAGAAGUAUUACGGACAAGCAGCGAGCCUGAGACCCGAUUACCCUGCAGCAUUGAUGAACCUCGGGGCAAUCCUCCACCUCAACGGGAAACUGAAAGAAGCCGAAGCCAAUUACCUCCGAGCGCUUCAGCUGAAACCGGAUGACUCCAUCACUCAGUCGAACUUGCGCAAGCUCUGGAACAUCAUGGAGAAGCAGGGCCUGAGGACCACAAGCCCCUGACUCCACGCAGCCCGCCCACCUGCCAUGUGCACGCCAGACCCAGGGACACGGGGAAAGGACAGAGCUACGCGUUCCUCACCCACUCUUCUCUUCCAGGAGAGGUAGAAGAGACUCAGGGAGGAUGUUUGCUUAGAGAGGCCGUGACUGUGCCGCACAGCCCUCCUAAUGACUCCUGAGCUCUGCAUACACCACAGGCCAGCAGGUUUUCUUCAGAAGCAUUGCUCAGAGUUUGGCAAGCACCGCGUGGUAUUUGGACUCAAAAAUUGUGUGCUCACAGGAUCCGUGUUUAUUUUUAUUUUAUUUUUUUCUGUCUUCAUAACGAGAGCACUUGAACUUGAAGUGAAAGCGUAGGUACAUCCUUCAACAUUUGUGAUUAAUUACAUUCCCUAAAUGCGCAAUUGUGUUCUAAAGGGUGAAAUGCGUCCCCGAGCAGUGCAAGAUAAAAUAUAAAAGAGUCUCAGAGUACUGCACUGAGGGGAUUUUCCACCACCAUUCAAUAAAGUUCUUGUUUCGACCAGAUGCUCUAUCUUGAUAAUGAGGAAUAAUAGGGUAAUAUGAAGAACUGGAUAUCAUCAAAAAUCUCCAAAUUAAUCACGGAAAUUAAGUUUAUAUCACUUUAAUCUCCAACCUGUGCAUCGUUUCACCAUCUCAGUUGGAUGCUUUUUUUUUUUUUUUUUGCUUAUGAGAUUAAAAUGCGAAAAUGUAACAAUUAGCUUCACUGUUGCAAAGCGCUCGUAGCAUGUGUCCUAAUAUCCAGAGAAAAUUUGAAAAAGGGAUUACAUUUUUGUUUUAGCCAUUGCAGCACAACGGUAGCCUCCACAGUUCCAUGCUGUGGCUGGGGGGGAAAAAAAAACAACUCAAAAAGCAAUGAACUAAAAGGUGGGAAAUCUUCUUCAUGUUAUUAUUUUUUUAAAAUGUUAUUUUUCUUGCUUCUGGACCAGUCACUAUGUCACCAUUUCUCAAGUACAGCACGAAGCUAUGAAUAGAAAGCUAACUUCCCAUGGAAGAGGCGGAUAGUACAGCAAUCCCACACGCACCUUGAGCUCUUACAAUGCAUGUGCAGAGUUGAAACAACUGAAGGAGUUCUUCUAACCAAAUAAUAAUAAUAAUAAUGAUAAUAAAGCUAUGCUGAUGCACACCUUUCCAUCUCAGAACGAUGCGCAGCCAUGUGACGUUUUAGGGAAAUGUUUUAAUGCCUUUAUGUUGGAAUAAAUUCAAUGUGUUUGUAUAAAUGAAUCCUAAUAUAUACCUGCAUUGUGUACAGAAUUAAGAAAAACAUGCAGCAAGAAAAAAAACAAAAAACAAAAAAAACAAGUAGCCAACUGUAAAGUAAGGAAGUGGAAGCUCGGCUACUGAUUGGCUUGUUACAUUACAGCUUCAAGUAUCUCCCGCUCUUUUCUCAGUCUCCGGGUCUCAUUUGUACAUAUACUGCAUAGUUAACAUCUGUUUUUCUUUGUUUUUAUCGUUGUCGGCAUGAAGUGAAACAGCACCUUCCCCCGGGAAGCGAGAACAUGUACAGUAUUUCAUAAUUUUUUCGUUUAAAAUCGGCCACAAAACCUCCUCAACCUUCUGUGUCCUUAGUUUAUUACAUUGUUAUUGCUCUGUGGUACCAAGCAGCAGAACCAGCUGGCACUGUGUUUAUACAUGUAAAGUGAAGGAAAUUAGUUAGAAGGGAGUCAUGGUGUGUAUGUUUGUGGUCAGUACUGAGUAAAGUACAGUCAUAUGGUUCACAAUAGGUAAACACAGAGCGACAGAGAUGCAUUUGAACGUACGGUAUAUGUCACUAGUUGCAGUCAUGUGUCUGCAAACACUGUUCGGCUUCACCGUUAACGGUGACCGAAAUGUUAAGAUAGUUCACGGUUCACUCCUCGCCCACGUGUGUCACUCACCCCACAAUCAGAUCAUGCUAAUGCCAGCUAAUGUCUCAUGUAGCGUUGAUGACGAAACACUGAGAAUUGUUACUGCUUGAGCGAAGGUGUAAAAGAUUUAAAAGGAAAAAAAUGAUAACUCUGUGUCUCUGCUCAGGGAUCUCAAGCGGUAGGCUAUUGCAGAAUCUUGUUCACAGAGUGUUUACUAAAUUAAAAUUUAUUUUUGAAAGUUGUUGUAUUUGUAUAAAUUAUCAAGAUUUGUAGCCUUUCCUCCUUUUUUGUAAUAUAUACAUAUAUAUAUAUAUAUAUAAAAAAAUGUGCCAGAAUAGACUUUUCUUCCCGAUGUUGCUUUUUUUCCACAAUAAAUUGACGGCGUUCUGCUUUUUUGGGGGGCAGCA